AUGAAGUAUUGUCUUGCUGUCAAUUCGAUGGUCGUUUCUUGGAUCACGAAUACAGUGGAUGAGAAUUUGAGGUCCACCUUAGAUGAUUUUGAUAUUGCGCUAGAGUUGUGGGCACACUUGAAAACUCGUUUUUGUGUGGUCGGUGGUACAAGGGUCUGUCAACUGAAAAUUUCAUUGAGUGAGUGCAGACAGACGCCAACAGAAACAAUCACAGAGUACUUUGGCAGGUUGUCGAAGGUCUGGAAAGAGGUAGUACAGUAUUCUCGGGUUCCGAAGUGUUCGUGCGGAGGUUGUAAGUGCAAUAUUGCUAAACAAGUUGAUGAGAUUCGCACCGAGUAUUACUUACAUUAUUUUUUGAUUGGCCUUGAUAAUCAUUACGAGGCUAUACGUGCUUAA